UAAUUACUCAUCAACUUGCUCGUACACCAUAAAGAACCUCACAUAGAUCCUACAAUUUCUUCGUCCUGGCACAUUGACUUAGUAAAUAGUUCGAAGGCGGUGGGGAGUCCACUCAGGGAUGUCGAAAAUCUUGAGCGAAUAAAACACAUAGCUCCUUGCUUUCACCUCAAACAAAAUGAGUCGAGCGCCCGUCCGCCUACCAUCCAACCGCGAGCCUAUUGCUAACUAAAACCGCACUACAACGGACGCGGACAAAUUUAAAAAAUUCGAACGUCAAAAAAGUUUGUAUUAAAAUAAAAAAGAAAAAUAAAUAAAAAAUAAAAUCAAAGUGCUAUUCGAAUAUCGAACGUUCAGUGAAAAAUGGAUUGAUUGUUUGAAUCAAGAAAAAAGUUUGAAAAAUUUUUAUUUUCGUAUUUGAAAUUCAUUUUGUUAGUUAUUAAAAUAUUAAUAAAUAUUUAACAAAAAUGAAGAUGGCCGACCGUUGUGUUUUGUCUUUGUUGAUGUUAUGUUUGACUGUUAUAUGCCACACUGGAGAAGCUGCGGAAAAUUCAAAUGCAGCUGCUAUACCGGAGUACAUACUACCAUGCAGUCAAACGGAUCCUGGACUAGACACCUGCAUCAAGAACUCGUUCAACCACCUUCGACCGUAUCUGUCGAGGGGUAUCCCAGAGCUGGGGGUACCUCCAGUGGAACCGCUCUUCAUCGACCGCCUGGUGAUGGAGAACGAUGCUGGCCCCGUCAGGGUCACCGCAGCCUUCAGCAACAUCACUGUUGUUGGACCUAGUAAUUAUACCAUUACUAAGAUCAGGUCUGACUUGAAGAAACUGCGUAUUGACAUGGGUCUGGUCCUGCCCCGCAUCGAGAUCACUGGCAGAUACGAGGUGUCUGGACAGGUGCUGCUGUUCCCAGUCAGGUCACAGGGAGACUUCUGGGCAUCAUUCGGUGAUGUGGUGGCGAUCGCGAAGAUCUUCGGCAAGGAGACGGAACGAGACAAUGUGAAGUACAUGUUGGCUGACAGACUGCUGGUCGACUUCAAGUUGAGGACUUCCAGGUUCAAAGUAAAGGAUACCGUCAACCACGGUAGCGUUAUUGGUGAAGCGAUGAAUCAGUUCUUGAACAACAAUGCAGCUGAGAUCAUCGAGGAGAUGAGGCCGGCUGCCUCCGCGUCCAUAGCUAAGCACUUCCAGGCGUUUGUCAACGCCGCCUUCUCUAAGAUCCCCAUUGAUGUUUGGCUCACACCUUAAAUCAGUUCUAGGGAAGUCAAUGUUCUACUAUUUAGUUCCUGGAUUCUUAUCUUUGUAGUUUGUGAAUUCUUCAGUGGUUAUAAUUUUAGAGACGUUUUUAUUGGAAACAAUACUCUCGGUCAGUAUGGUGAAAAUCAGUUAUUCUGUUACCUAUGGAAUGACUUUAAUACGGCCUCACAUAAUACAGGCGUUAAACGGCGUUAGUGUGAGUUAAGUCAUCGGCAUCCCUCUCUCCCUUGUCAAUGUUCUUAUCCCAAUUCUCCAACACUAAUCCCCAUUACCUAAUCCUCAAUUCCCAAUCUCCAAACCUCAAUUCCCAAUCCCUAACCACCAAAUUCAAUCAUAAACUCCCAAUCCCCAAUCCCCAAUCCUCAUUCCCCAAUCCCCAAUACCCAAUCCCCAAUUCCCCAAAUUCUCCAAUCCUUAAACUCACUUUCUAAAAAAGGCCGGCAACGUACUUUUAUUAAUGUACCAUUAAAGAAUUUACAAAUGAGUAAUUUCGGAGUCCGGUAUGUUUAGUGUUGUGAUGUGUUCCAACAACAUUAAUUGUCACCGUUUUAUAGACUUUAUCUCGACUUAUGGUAGUUUCGUCUGAAUGCAUACAUAGUACAGACAUAGUACAAAUUAUAUGAUUUUUUUUUCAACAUUUUCUCCAUUUUAUGUGUUUAGCAUGUUCGAUAGACUGUACUUUUUGGAAACAUCUUUGAAACAAUUUUAUUUAACCACCGCGUUUGUUUGUUAAUACGAUUUUUCAGUGUUCAAAGAUCUCAAUUUUAUUUUUCGACAAUGAUUUUAUUAUUAGUUUUCGAACAAAAUCUUAUGAAUAGGUAUUUUUAUGCGACUUUUAUUCAAUAUUUCUUCUUAUAAAAUGUUUAGACGAUACUUAAAUAGUCUUUGAUACGAAUUAAUUGUAUGCAAUGUUGUACACAAUGGCAUUAAUUUAAACAAAAAUCUACAUUGAAUCAUCAAUAGGGAUAAUGACGAGGUAUAAAAGUUAAAAAUAUAUUUAGUCCGUCAGUUAAGUGAUGAAAAAAAUAUUAGACACGUUCCUAUUUUUUUAUUUUGUCUUAUAACAUAACGAUACUUGGAUAAAACGAAUCAAAGUUUAGGAGUACAAGCAAAUACGUCAUUUCUUCGUAUAAAACGUACUUAGAAGUGUCGCGACGCGAUAUUUCAAAUAAAUAUAUCUUCGAACGUAUUUGUUUCCCUAAGAAAAAAAAAAUACGUGUCUAAUAUUUUAAAAUAAUCUACAAGACGGACAUUAAAAUGAAAAUUAGUCAUCUACCUUAUUACUUUAUUUUCUUAAAUCCUUUAUAUACAAAAACAGCGAUGAAUACUAAAGUAAUGCCACUGUGUACAAGUCAACUAGCCAUGCAAAGGGCAUAAGCUUUAUUUAUUUAAGUUACUAAGUGAUCACCCGAUACUUUAUAAAUAUACUUAAACAUUAUACAUAAGACAUUAGGAUAAAAUAUUUGUAAUAACAAUUGUGAUGAUUAAACUGUACUCAGUUGUAAGAAUAUAUUAUUAUUUACAAAGA